AUGGCGCCUGCCGCAGUCUCGGAUGGCCAGCCAGGGGCUGGCAAAAAGAGCAGCCGCUUCGACCCCAUGUUCACGCAGCACGUCAUCGACACCAUGGGCCCCAACAUCACGCCGCGAAAUCGCCAGCUGCUCACCAGCCUGCUGCGCCACCUGCACGACUUCGCUCGCGAGGUCGAGCUGACCAACGAUGAGUGGAUGACGGGCGUGCACUUUAUCAACGCCGUGGGCCAGACGUCGACCAAGACGCGCAACGAGGCGCACCGCGUCUCCGACAUUCUCGGCCUCGAGUCGCUCGUCGACGAAAUCGCCAACAAAAUCGUCGCCGAGGGAGACGUCGACCCAACCUCGUCGUCCAUCCUCGGCCCCUUCUGGUCGCCCAAUGCUCCCUUCCGGGAAAACGGCGCCUCCAUCAUCCAGGACCCAGCGCCGGGCGGCCGCGUCUGCAAGAUGCACGGCACCAUCACGGACCUGCUGACGGGCAAGCCCAUUCCCGGGGCCGUCUUCGACAUCUGGCAGGCCAGCGCCAACGGCAAGUACGACUUCCAGGACCCGGAGGCACAGACACCCAACAACCUGCGUGGCAAGUUCCGCGCCGACGAGAACGGCCAGUACUGGUUCUACUGCUACCACCCGACGGCCUACUCGCUGCCGACUGACGGGCCGAGCUACGACCUGCUGACGCUCAUGGACCGGCACCCGAUGCGCCCGGCGCACAUUCACAUCAUGGUCACGCACCCCGACUUCAAGGGUUGCACAACGCAGCUGUACCCCAAGGACGACCCGUGGCUGGCCACCGACACCGUCUUUGCUGUCAAGGACGACCUCGUCGUCGACUUUAAGCCGCUCGAGGGCGACUCCCAGGCUGAGCUCGACCUAGAGUACAACGUCAUCCUGUCGCCAAAAGGAUACAAGGGCAAGCAAUUCGGCCCGUAG